CAUUAGUUCCACCACCGCCCUUUCACCUUCCCCAUCUCUCACCCUUCGACAUCCCUUUCCUACACACACAUUUCACUCACACUUAACACUCACGAAAGACAGUGGAAAGAAUGGCCACUGCAAUCCAGACGGGUGGAUUCGUCCUGGGCCUGCUCGGCGCGGCCGCCAUCAUCGCCGCCACGGGGAUGAACAACUGGAGCGUCAAGGACCGCCAGGGGGACGUGGUGACCUCGGUGUACACCUAUAAGGGCCUGUGGCAGAACUGUGAGGUGGGCACCUCAGGCUUCACUGAGUGCCGGCCCCUCUACGGCCUCCUGGGCUUCUCAGGUAAAUAAUGUGGGAUUUUAUUAAACUCUUUACAUUUGGAGGUUUCUGAGAUACUGGUUAAGGGUUUGAAUUAGAGAUUGACUUGUAUGGGGAGUUGGAGAAGAAUUGGGGUGGUCAUCAGUGCAGUUUAGUUCCUCAAAAGGUUGAUCAACAACGUGUUUUCACCGAAAGUGAUUACCUGUAUCACCAAAUUGUGUCAAGGUUCUUAAAUGUACCACUAAACUAGAGUUGUAGUUCUAUUUCCACUCUGUAGUAGCCUAGUGGUCUUUUGUGUCCAAACUCACACUGACACCUGGGUUGGAGUUGAAACAGGGCAUCACCUGAACAUUUCUGAACAUUGAUAUUUUCAAAAUAAUCAAGUAGAUUCCUCUCCUAAUUGUAUUUAUCAAGCAACACACAGAACAGUUGGCCUGUAUAACAAAAAUUGAUCAUGGUUUAAGAAAAAAUACAUUAUUUACUUGCAGAAUAGGCUCAAUCAUUAUCUGACAUUUGAGGGGGAAAAAGGGAAGCUAAAAGUUGUUUUUACUUAUUUUACAUUUAGGAGUCUUUCUGCUUUUAGUUUCAGUCCUCUCCUCUCCCCAAAUGUACUCCCGCCCGUUGCCCUGGCCUGCUCCUAUCAGUAUUGACUUUAGCACCAGUGCAUCAUGGUUCCAUUGCAAGGUUCAUGUUCAGUAAACACCAUUAUCACAGGCAAAACAAUUACAGACAAAGAAUCAGAUUCAAAAUUCAAAUACCAACAGAAUACAUUUCAGCUUGUUAUUCACAUUGGAACCUCUAUCCCUGGUAAUUUGACUGCUAAACUCAUGGGUACUAAAACAAUGUGUGGCUCGUACAUCAGUAAUAUACAUAAUUAAUCAUAUUUACUGACUUUGGCUUCAUUACAUUUCAGUUCUGAAUAAUAUAUUGCAGUGUAUUACUGAUGGUCAUCUGGUGUGAUGUGUGUUGUCUUCCAGGUACCUUUCAGGCAGUGAGGGCACUGAUGAUAGUGGGCAUUGUUCUGGGUGUAAUCGGGGCGAUGAUAGCCCUGUUCUCCCUCAAGUGCCUGAAAAUGGGCAGCAUGGAGGAUUCCUCCAAAGCCAAGAUGACCCUUACAGCUGGGGUCAUGUUCAUCAUUGCAGGUAUAGGGACGAAAAUAUUUAUAUAGUGCAUGUUGCUUGGAGAACAGCAAUUCAAUCACUUAUUUCUACAUGUCUCUCUCUCUGAACUUAUGUCUUCGGUGAUAAUGUGUAACUACCCAAGUCCUCAAUCAAUCGUUAAAAUAAAUGUACAAUUCCAGUUUCACCGGCUUGCUUUUGUUAAACACUUAUUGUCACUGAGCAUUGAAUUUGCUUCCUCUCUGUCAGGCAUUUGUGCCAUUUCUGGAGCUUCAAUCUAUGCUAACCAAAUCGUGGCUAGUUUCAUGAUGACCACAUACAACCCCAAUUAUGGAGGAGGGAUGGGUGAGGGCAUGGGGAUGGGUGGUAUGGGAGGAGGAAAUAUGACGCCGAGGUAAGAGUGGAUUUCAUUUAUCUGUAUUUCCAUAUUUGGUCAGGGUAUCGCUAUAGACAGGUGAGUCAGUUCCUGACUGUGCUUUUUCUCUGUGACAGGUACACGUUUGGCCCCGCCCUCUUUGUUGCCUGGAUAGGCGCAGCUUUGCUCUUGUUGGGCGGGAUUCUGAAGUGUGUGGCCUUCAGGGGACUACAACCGGACAAGUCAACGUAAGUUAUCAAUAUUACAUAAUUUUCUAGCUAGAUUCAGGUGGGCCCAAAAGUGAACACUGUGUGAUGAAGGCAAUUUUUUAAAGUAAUUUGAAUAUGCAAUAUUGUAAUUUUCUUGUGUUUUUCCCCCAGCUACACAGGAGUCGCUUACAAAGCCCCCCAAGCCCAGAACAGGCCCGUCUAUGAUGACCACCAUACAGAGGAUGGGAAGAGAGACAACCAGAAAUAUGUAUAAUUCCUGUCAGAUUCUGCAACAAUACAUUUGAUUUUGCAUUAAGAAGCAUGUAUCUAAAUGUUGCUUCGGAAUAUAGUGCUCCAUUUUCAUAUACACACUUCCUAGAUUAGUUUGAAGAGUUUCCAUACAUUUUACUGCAUGUUAUUGAAAAAUGUGUAUUCUGUUGUGGUUGAUAGUAGGCUCUAUUUAUAUAGCAUUUUAUACUGCCAGUAACUGUUUUAGUUUCAUGUGGUCUUGGGUAAUGUGUUAUUGCUCGUCAAUAAACCAUUAAUGUAAAGCUUUCAUUUGUACAAUGAAAUAUACCAAAUACAUUUUCUAAACACCUCUAUUUAUCAAAAGCAUAUUUUCUGCAAUUAAAAUGUCCUACCAUAACAUUGAGUCAGAGAACACAAUACACACAGAGCCUAUAUUUGAAAACUCUGUGGCUCAUACCUGGAAACGGUGAUCUUAUUUUCUUCCACUAGAUGGCAAGAACGUUACACCCUUUGGCAAAUCAAAGCUCUAUGUUGGACAUACACCGAGUGUACAAAAUAUUAACACCUGCUCUUGCCAUGACAUAGACUGACCAGGUGA